GUUGGCGGCAAAGCCCCGCCCCGGAUGUCGCGCGUCGAGGACUGGGCGACGGCGAUUGGCCGGCGCAGCGCAGGGGGCGGGGCGGAAGGUUCUGGAGGGGGCUGGCGGGCUCUGGAAGCUUCCGCCGGACGGGUAUAUAGAGUCCGGGACCGGGCGGCCGCGGAGCCGGGGGACGGCGGCAGCUGGGCGGCGGGCCGCAGGCGGGGGCCAUGGGCAAGGACUACUACCAGACGCUGGGCCUGGCCCGCGGCGCGUCGGACGAGGAGAUCAAGCGGGCCUACCGCCGCCAGGCGCUGCGCUACCACCCGGACAAGAACAAGGAGCCCGGGGCCGAGGAGAAGUUCAAGGAGAUCGCCGAGGCCUACGACGUGCUCAGCGACCCGCGCAAGCGCGAGAUCUUCGACCGCUACGGGGAGGAAGGCCUGAAGGGUGGCGGCCCCAGCGGUGGGAGCAGCGGCGGUGCUAAUGGUACCUCCUUCAGCUACACAUUCCAUGGAGAUCCUCAUGCCAUGUUCGCUGAGUUCUUCGGUGGCAGAAAUCCCUUUGACACCUUUUUUGGGCAGCGGAACGGGGAGGAAGGCAUGGACAUCGAUGACCCAUUCUCUAGCUUCCCCAUGGGCAUGGGUGGCUUCACCAACAUGAACUUUGGACGCUCCCGCCCUGCCCAAGAGCCCAUCCGAAAGAAGCAAGAUCCCCCGGUCACCCACGACCUUCGGGUCUCCCUUGAAGAGAUCUACACCGGCUGUACCAAGAAGAUGAAAAUCUCCCAUAAGCGGCUGAACCCAGAUGGAAAGAGCAUUCGAAAUGAAGACAAGAUCUUGACCAUCGAAGUGAAGAAAGGUUGGAAAGAAGGGACCAAAAUCACCUUCCCCAAGGAAGGAGACCAGACCUCCAACAACAUUCCAGCUGAUAUUGUCUUUGUUUUAAAGGACAAACCCCACAAUAUCUUUAAGAGGGACGGCUCUGAUGUCAUUUAUCCUGCCAGGAUCGCCCUUCGGGAGGCUCUGUGUGGCUGCACAGUGAAUGUCCCCACUCUGGACGGCAGGACCAUACCCGUCGUAUUCAAAGAUGUCAUCAGGCCUGGCAUGCGGCGAAAAGUUCCUGGAGAAGGCCUCCCGCUCCCCAAAAUGCCCGAGAAACGGGGGGACCUCAUUAUUGAGUUUGAAGUGAUCUUCCCUGAAAGGAUCCCCCAGACCUCAAGAACCGUACUUGAGCAGGUUCUUCCGAUAUAGCUACCUGUCCCCCAAGGACUGAACAGGGACCUUUCCAGAGCUCAAGGAUUUCCGGACCUUUCCACCAGUCGUGGACCAAGAGAGGGCGGGAGGGCCCAGGGAGGGCUUUCUGAAUGUUUUCCAGAGAAUAUAUUACAAUCUUUCAAAGUUGUGCACUAGACUUAAGUGGUUUUUCGAGUGCUAGGGCAUCAGGUGGUGGAAACAGCAGGACAAGACAUUCCAGUCUGCCCCUGCUGUGUCCUGUAGCCCUCCUGGGAUGGCCCCACAUCAUCCUCCAGUCCCCACCAGGGGUGUGAGGCAGACCAGCAGCUGGAUCUCUCUGUGGUCCCUUUGCUUCCUGCUGUCAGGUGGUGUCGACCUGCUUGUCUUAGUUGCCAGGCCCUGUCUGCUCCAUGGUUUCUGUUGCGUGAUCACUUUUUGUUUUAUUCUGUAUUUGUGGCCCACAUCCUGCUCUUCUGAAGAACCCUGUCUUCUCUUUGGCCAUCUCAAACUGAGAACCUAAGCGAUUUCUGCAGAACUGCCUGGCCAGCGCCCACAAGCAGUACCUCUUGUUCCAGCAGGACCAAGGGAGCCAGCCUCCAAUGAGCAAGUCCCACAGCCGUGUCUUCCCCUGAGGGGCUGGGAGCCCAGCAAGUGCAGGGGGCCCUCUCGACUCCUGGCUGUAUUAAAGCUGAAUUUGCUCACUGGGUCACACUCUGUCCUUUCCUGUAAGGCAAUCUUGACACAUCUGGGGCUUACCAGUGGUGACCCAGGUAAUUUUUUUGUUUCAUGGACUCUGGACUCUUUCAAAAGGAUCUGAUCCUUUUGAAUUUUGCACAGCCCUAGAUAUAAUCCCUUUUGAUAAAAGGGUCUUUGCUUCUGAUUACAGGAGCACUGUGGAAUGUCUGUAAAUAUGUUUUUAUAAUUCCAUGUAAAGUUGGUGUGUACUCAGACGAAGCCAGUCCACAGCAGCCUCUUCUCUCUGUCUAGGGCCCCAAUGGAAUUCAGAAGACACCUUUUGGGAGGGGCUUGUGGAACAAAUGUCUAUUCCCUGGAGGCUAGUCUGGUGCUCAUACCUUUAGACUCAUUGUAAGUUGCCACUGCCAACUUGAGACCAAAGUGUGUGACUUGUCGAUGUGCAGCGUGACAGCAUUAAAGACUGAUGCUAAACCUCA